AUGUCAGGCGAAUCAGAUAAAAUAUCUACUGAUCAGUAUGGUAGAAGAAAAUGGAAUGUGGACUUAUAUGAGAAGGAGGCUAAAGAUAGAAAGAAUCAGUCAACUCAACCUACUUUAGCAACAACAACAACUAACCAAAUUAAUGAUCAUUCAUCAUCACUGGAAUAUAUAGAACAUAGAAACAAACUAUUAAAUGAGCUGAUAAAUGCAGUCAAACAAUAUAGUUUAAUAAAUCCACAAACUUCAACGUCGACAACCACGUUUGGCAAAAAUAAAAGAUUUGGGUUUUUCUGUCCAAUAUGUGACGUUUCCUUCAGAGACAACUUAUUAUUGAUUGAUCAUUUAAAUUCACCUCAACAUGUAAGCAAAGCUAAACUGAUGAAUUUGGGUAUUGAUAAUAAUAGUGCUGAGCAAGAAUUAUUAGAGAAUGGAAUACGAAGAGCAUCAUUACAAGAAGUGGUACUGACAAUGGAAAGGCUUAUAGCGAAAAGCAUAAAUGAAAAAAGCAAUUCUGAAGAUGGGAGAACAGGACUAACGUUCAAUCAACGUGUAGAAAAGAGAAGAGAAUAUGAAGAUAGAAAGAGAAGUAAAAGGGCAGAGCGGAAACAAAUUCAAAAGCAACGUAAGAAACAAAAAACGACAAGUGAUGAUGAUAAAGAGAAAGAGACUAACAUCAAUAUCAACAAUCUAAUGGGAUUUAAUAGUUUUGGGUCAACAAAGCUUAGCUAA